AUGCGCCCCUGUAACGCCUCCUCAUGCUGCUGCCAGGCCCGUAAUCUGCCAUGGGCCCCCUGUACCGACUCCUCAUGCUGCUGCCAGGCCCGUAAUCUGCCAUGGGCCCCUGUACCGGUACCUGCCUCCUCAUGCUGCUGCCAGGUCCAGAGUGUGUCAUGGGUCCCUGUACGGCCUCCCAUUGCUGCUGUCUCUAUCGCCACACCUCUGCCAUGUGCCACUUUCAGGUCUCCUCACACUGCUGGUGGUUUCCAUUUUUUGUCAUAGGGUGCUGUAUGGCCUCCCAUUGCUAGCUGCCUCCACCGCCACACUGUGGCUCCACACUCUGGUUUUGGCCCCGUGACUGCCCAAAUUUAAAUUAAAGGUACAGUUUGUUCAGCACUAAUAUUAAGUCUCUGCUGUUUGCCUGUGAAACAGCCCUUGGAACUGUUUAAGUUAAAUUCCACAGCGAAUCUA